GAGAGAUCGAUAAGGAGAAAGAGGGAGAGAGAGGAAGGAAGCAGUUUUUUUCUAUCUUAAAAAAAAAUUACUAUCUUAAAAAGCUAAUGUUGAAGAUCGGCCGAUGGACGUUUGAUCGGGCUAGAAAACAGAACUACAAUUCAUGUUGAAGAUGUUUAGACCGGAAAGGCAAAGUCUCGUAUACACCAGAGCUGCUGGCUCAGACUCAGUCGGAGGUAGAGACAAUUCUCUCUCUAAUGUGCCCCCGAGACGCGCAUGACUCCAUUUUUUGUUGAAGAAAUGUAAAAGGUUGAAGAAUGAACCUUUGGUUUAAAUACAAUGCAACUCAAUGCUUAGUGUGUUUUCAAUUCAUUGUAGCAGUGAAUCUUUGCUGAUUAAAACCUUCCCAACGAAGUGCCAUUUCAUAGCAAGAAACUUUACUUCAUCCCAAUACUCUAGGCUGCUACGAGACUCUGCUUCAAAUGGAUCUCUAAAUUUUGGGAAGGCAAUUCACGGGCAGCUGAUAAAAAUUGGUUUGACCUCGUGGACUUCGUUGCUGCAUUUUUACACAAAAUGCGGGAGCUUUGGCUGCGCUUGUCAGGUUCUUGAUGAAAUGCCAAAUAGAAACGUUAUGUCUUGGACUGUACUCAUUUCACGGUUAGUAUCCGAGGGACAUACCUAUCGUGCUGUGAAUUUGUAUUGUAAUAUGAAAAAAGAUGGUGCCAGGCCAAAUGGGUUCACUUUAGUGACAGCCUUGAAAGCUUGUUCUACGGGAUUUGAGUUAGAUUUUGGAAAGUUGCAUGCAGAAGUGAUUAAUAUUGGGGUUUUAUUAGAUACAUUUGUUGCUUCUGCUGUUGUUGACCUCUAUGCGAGAUGUGGUGAGAUGGAACAUGCAGAAAGAGCAUUCUUUUGCAUGCCAGAGAAGAAUGUUGUGUCAUGGAGUGCUUUUCUCAAUGGUUAUGCAAAGAUGGGUGAUAGCCAAGAGGUUUUGAAGUGGUUUUGUGGGAUGAAAGGAACAGAAACGAAGUUUAGUAAGUUCAUUUUAUCGACUGUGUUUAAGAGUUGUGCGCGUUUGGGAAAUUUGCAAGGGGAUAGGGUUGUACAUUGUCUGGCAGUUAAGAUUGGCUCUGAUAUUGAUGAAUAUCUUGGUUGCUGCAUUAUUGAUAUGUAUUCCAUGUGUGGGGUUGGCGAGGAUGCACAAAGGGUCUUUGAGGCCAUCAAGGUUCCCAACGUGGUUGCUUGGACUUCAAUGAUCAACUGCCUCGAUGGGCAAGGCAAGAGUCAAGAAGCAGCAGAGAUGUUCUGCUUAAUGAGACAAAAAGAGGUGAGACCAAAUCAACUUACCUUUGCUAGUAUUGUUCGUACUGCAUCCAAUUUCAGUGAUUUGCACUUCUGUCAAAGCAUUCAUGCUUGUAUACUUAAAUUUGGCUUUGAAUCUGACAAGUUUCUAAGCAAUGCGCUUAUCACCAUGUAUAUGCAAAUGAAAUCUGUUCAAAAUGGUUGGGAAGUGUUUAAUGCAAUGAGUUCUUGGGAUUCAACUUCAUGGAAUUCGCUUUUGUCUGGUCCUCGUGACUGUGAAACCUAUCAUCAGGGACCAAGAAUCUUCUACAUGAUGCUUGCAGAAGGUUUUAGGCCCGACGUUUACACUUUUGCUAGCAUUCUAAGAUCCAAUGGCACCCUGGAAAAUUUUGAUUUUGGAAAGCAAGUACAUGAGCAUAUAAUGAAGAAUGGGCUUGAUUGUAAUAACUUUGUCGGAACAACCCUUAUUGACAUGUAUGCCAAAAACAGAUGCUUGGAUGAGACUGAGUUACUUUUUAAUGAAUUGAAUGAAAGAGUUCAUUGGAUGACUGUCAUCAUUGCCAGUUAUGCUCAAGCUGAUCAGGGAGAGAAAGCUGUCAAAUGGUUCAAUAGGAUGCAACAGGAAGGAUUUAAGCCCAAUGAAUUCACUCUCUCAUACUGUUUUAGUGGUUGCCACAACUUAAGAAUGCUGGAAAGUGGGCUGCAACUUCAUUCCAUGUCAAUAAAGUCUGGACUUCUAAAUGAUACCUAUGUUGCAAGUGCACUUAUUGAUAUGUAUGGAAAAAGCAGGUGCAUAGAAGAUGCUGAGGCUAUUUUUAAGGAAAUGGAUUUCCGGAAUACGGUCUCAUGGAGCACAAUUAUAUGUGCAUACACUCAGCAUGGGCAAGGAAAGAUGGCCAUUGAAGCCUUCAAAGUUAUGUUAGAUGAAGGUUUCCUUCCUGAUGAGGUUACAUUUAUAGGUGUUCUUUCUGCAUGCAGUCAAUUGGGUUUAAUCGAAGAAGCAAAAAUGUAUUUUGACUCAAUUAGCAAGGUCUACAUGAUUACUCCUACGAUUGAACAUUGUGCUUGUAUGGUCAAUGUAUUUUGUCAAGCAGGUAAAUUUGAAGAAGUUGAAAGGUUUAUGAAGGAGAUGAAUCUAACCGAAAAUGCCAUGAUAUGGGAUACUGUUCUUUGGGGUUGUAAACUGCAUAGUAAUGUGGAAUUUGGUGAAAGAGCUGCCAGAAAGCUCUUUGAGCUUGAACCUGAACUAGAGUAUAAUUAUGUGACGUUAUCCAACAUGUUUGCAGCUAGAGGAAAGUGGGAUGAAGUUGAGAAAAUUAGGGCGUUAAUGUGCAAGCAAGGAAUUAAAAAGCAGCCAGGGGGCAGUUGGCUUGAGAUCCAUGGUGAAACCUACAUGUUUUAUGCACAGGAUACUUCUUAUGCAAAUAUCAAGGAGAUUAAUAUGCAGAUGGAGAAGCUGAUAAAAUGUAGAACGAAUGAACACAAAAUUAUUUCAAAUUUCAAUCAAGAUUAAAGGCUGUGAAUUCAGAGGCACCACCAUUUGUGCAAACUCAAUAGAUGUAUGGCCAUGGGGAAUCAGUCUCAAGGCCAAUGUCAGUCAGUUGGAAACCACCUCGUAAAGCCCACAACUUAGCAGCAACACUUACAGUUACUAGCAACUUACUUGAAAUCCCAGCUAUAAAUUUACCUUGCAUUAAGUUUGGCAAAGAAAAAGGGAAAGAAAGGAAAGUUUGAAUAAAGUUGCAAAUAAAAUGAUCAAUUUAAGUUGAGUGAGUGUAUUUCUCUCACUUUUGAAAGGGUUGGAUUUUGAGAGAAAGGAAAGGAGCAAAUCCACUCACUUUCCUCCCCUCUUAAUUUUCCUUCUUAGAGAGAAGGAAAUGACCCUUUUCCUUCAUCUUUUGGUCUUUCCGUCCAACCAAAUACAGUGUUUAUGAUCACAAGUAACUCCUCCAAACCAAAUACAGUGUUUAUGAUCACAAGUCACUCCUGUCCUAACCUUUCCCGGAUUGCCCAAAACUGAUCCAUCCGCCUUAAUUUUGGAACAUCCCAAAUUUGGUGGGUUUUCCAAGCAUUGAUGAUGGUAGUCUUCAUUGUCUGUUUAACUCUUUG